AUGUGGCGCAUAUACCGAUCCACUUUGUGGAAUAUUCGAAAGAAUACUGCAGGGUCAAUUUUCCUCAUAAUACUGCUCUUAUGCGUUGCAUUCUGUAUUCUGCUUCUGGAUUCGCAUAGACCUACUGUUACCGUAAAAAAUCGUACAACAAGUACUGCUCUUGCCGAUCCCGGGUUAUUCUUUGUCGAUCCCAAAUCUGUGCAAAGGCAGUAUACGAUUUCUCCCAAACCUUGCGAGCCGGGCAUCUUUCUCGUGGUCGCGGUGAUCACUGCGCCACGAAACGCCGGUAUCCGUGCGAUGAUUCGCCGCACUUGGGGUUCAUUAGCCGGAUCCUCCUGCCAAACCCGGAUGUUAUUUAUGCUAGGAAGAGUGCAUUCGACAACCACACAACAGCUCCUGGAGGAAGAAGCCCGGGAACACGGUGACCUUUUGCAGUCUAGCCAAUUCGAUGAUACAUUCCGCAGUUCCACGAUAAAAACGCUGCAUCUAUACCAGUGGUGCGCUGCUCACUGCUCCACGUCGACGUUUAUCGUGCGGGUGGAUGAUGACGCUUACCUCAAUAUACCGAAAAUAUACGACAUUCUGAAGGAUCAACCGCCCGAUGCGUUCUACGGGCACGUGUACAAGCAGGAGAUUCUGAACGAUGAGUGGUUCCCACAGCGGAAUCCCAGUGAGAAGUAUUAUUCGCCGCGUGAAGAAUACAGCCAUGACCGGUAUCCGGUGUAUAUUUGGGGAUUUUUAAUCAUCGCUCCGACAGCUUUAUUAGGGAAAAUAUUACACGCCAGCCAGUUCAUUCCAUAUAGCUUUAUUGAUGAUAUUUACGUCACCGGAUUGGUAGCGAACUACACUGGAAUACCCCUGCGGCAUAUAGCCGGUAUUACGAAGAAGACCAAAACGAUUUCCUUAGCGCAGCCUUGUCUAAAGAACAAGCAUACAGCCAUACAUAAAAUGGGGCAAAAGGAUUUGUACGUCUUAUGGAAUGCGGAAUGUGCAGGUUCUCGGAAUUCUUGCAACUAAUGUGGUUAUACUGUAUUUUGUACAGUUUUCUUUCUUUUUAUAUGAGUUAAGCCAGUGAUAGAGAAACCCUGCGUAUGCUGCGAAUUUUCAAC